AUGCGCGCUUGGCCGUUCCGGAGCCUGCUCUUGAAAAACGGGACGGCGAGCCAGGAGCGGUACCACAUGCCCGUGCAGUACCUGUUCCACUUUGGGGACGCCAAGCCGCUGUGCCAUGCCCUGGGGCUCACCAACCGGCUGACGGGGUGGGUGGAGGGGGGCGUGCGGUACGUCUUCCUCGUGGACGGCGCGGGCAGGGUGAGGUGGCGCGGCAGCGGCCCUCCCACGCCAAACGAGCUGGCCGGCUUCCUGGCGGCUGCCGAGCAGCUGGCGCAGGGGACCACGCUAGGCCCGCGGCCGCCUCCCCGCUUGCCGUGA